AUGUGUGCAGAACAGUCGCGCAGCGAGUCGCGUGAGCCUGCGACACUCGAGGAACCUGCGACAGAGCUUGCAGGUCUCUUUGUAGACUCGCAUUGCCACCCCACCGACGAUCCGGCCGCCUACGCUUCGUCGAAUCUAGACGAGCUGUCUAGCCGCAUCGGCAGCACAAAGGUGGGUAAGUUGGUCUGCAUGUCGACAAACGCGAGAGACCAAAGCAUGGUUGCCGAGCUGGCUUCACGGCAUCCGGACCGAGUCGUACCCUGCUUUGGGUGGCAUCCGUGGUUUGCGCAUCAGAUCUCGCUUUCCGACCCAGCGCCGAGCAAACAAGAACACUAUUACAACCUCUUCAGCAUCUCGGAUGUUGCAGCAGGCGAAAGGAAUCCCGCCAAGGAGGAGGUCGAAGCGCUAUGGGACCAGUUACCGGAUCCGAUCUCGUUGAACGACGUCUGCCAAGGCAUCCGAGACCAGUUUGAACGGUAUCCCAACGCAUUGCUGGGCGAAGUGGGCAUAGAUCGAGCAUUCAGGAUACCUCGACGGGCGUGGAACUACGACCCGCAUCGACCAGAGACGGACACGUCGACUCCAAAGCUCACCAAGCUCAAGACACCGCCAUCGCACCAGCUGUCGGUGUUGAGAGCGCAGAUCGACGUGGCCUUGCAAUACCGCCGCAACAUUUCGCUUCACUCUGUGCAAGCUGCAGGGCUCACCGUCGACCUUCUGUCUUCACUACGCAAUACGGACACGACCAGCUUUGGCGCCAUACGCGUAGCUCUGCAUUCCUGCACGCUCGACAACAACGUCGUGAGAUCCAUCACCAAGAAGCACGCCAACGUCUAUGUCGGCUUCUCUUCCACCAUCAACCGCAAGCAGAUGGUCGCGCGCGACUGUCUCGGCAGUGUCGAUCGCGAUCGCGCCUUGAUGGAGAGCGACUAUCACACGGUCAAAGGGAUACCAAGCUUCUUGCUACAGGCCAACGAGUACUUUGCACAGCUGCACGUGCUGAGCUCGCAAGAGGCCGCUCAGCAGCUUCGUGCCAAUUGGGAGGCCUUCUACUCGGGAAAGGCGGCGCAAGAGUCGGACUCGGACGACACAGAUGCAGACCUGGCAUGA